CCUACCAUGUAAUCCCAAUCAGUUACUCCGUGCUCCGAAUUAAUUCAAGUCAACGCCAAAUUUUCAGACGCGUCAACCAACACCAGCGGUUCGAUCUCCACGAAGAGCAUCGAUAAACAGAAUACGGACCGAUGAAUUAUUGUUAGGAGUGGACCCCGUACUUGAAUUUGACGACUUUGGUGAUGGAAGCUCGAGUCUAAAGGAUUAUUGGACCAGUUAUACUUGUCCUUUCUUUCCGACAACCUAUCUCCGCGAAAAACCUGCACGAUGACCUCUUCCGACGUCCGUGAUGUGCUGAAUCUGGGUGAUGGCGUAUCAGGUCCGAGGCCGAGCAAGAAGCAAAAGAUUGCUGCACCAAGGCCAAACUUGAAGGGUUUGGCUCGUGAGGUACACAAUCUGGGGGGCGAUAACCCCAUUGCUAUUGUCCCUGAAGUCACACAUUUCAAGAAGCGACGCUUUGCAAGUCGCAAACCUGCAGCGAGAUGGGAGAUGCGAUCGUUCAAAAACUCGGCGCGUACGGAUUCGGAUUUCACUUUGCGGCACUGGAGGAGGAAGGAUGAGAAGCAAGAUGGUAGCGACGUAUCACUGGAACAGACGAGCCAAGGAGAACAGCCACAACUAUUCAGAGAUGGAACAGAGGACUCUGCGUUUGCAAAAUACAACGUGCAGGUCUCAGUCCCGCAGUAUAGCGAAGGCCAGUACCAGCAGUCAUUACAACACAAUGACUGGACCAAGGAGGAAACGGAUUACCUGCUAGAGUUGGCGCGCGACUUUGACCUUCGAUGGCCUCUAAUCUGGGACCGCUACGAAUGGAAUCCUCCCGCGACGAACGGAGAGGCUGACGUCGAUGGUGACGAGAGCAAGGCCAUCGUUCCAGCAACAAGGCCACGUUCUCUGGAAGACCUCAAAGCAAGAUACUACGAAGUCGCCUCCAAGAUGAUGGCAGCGCAAAAGCCUGUGCAGUAUAUGACACAGCCCGAAUUUUCUUUGCAUGAACUCAUGGCGCAUUUUAAUCCACAGCAAGAGAAGUUAAGAAAGGAGUUUGCGCUCAACGCAUUGACCCGGUCGCGCGAAGAAGCUCGUGAAGAGGAAUCGCUCUUGCUGGAGAUUAAGCGUAUUCUGGCACGUAGUGAGCGGUUCAAUGAAGAGCGUCGCGAGUUAUAUAAUCGUCUCGAUUAUCCUCGGGCGGACACUGAUAUCAACGCCUUCAAAUCUUCUGCUGGCUUGCAGAACCUUCUUCAAAACCUAAUGACUGCCGACAAGUCCAAGAAGCGCAAGUCGUUGAUGCCUGGCGAUGGUACCAGCCCUUCUGGCACCGCACCACCGCAAACGGCGGCUACUGCAUCUACCGCAGCAACCGCCGCCGCCGCAGCGCAAGAAGCUGGGAGGCGGGAAAGCACAGCUGCAUCCACAGGGCCUCGCGAUUCAACUGGACCUGCGGCUACACCGACAGCCUCGAACAACAAAAAGGGUCAACAACAGCAACAACAGGAGCGCCGUAAGCUUUCGACACAGGAGGAGCUAUUAUACGGCGUGACACAUCAUGAUCGAUUAGGCUCUGGACCGACUUUCCGAACUGAGAGAAUCAACAAACUGUUCUCGCACAAGUCUAAUCAGCAACAGAACCGCAUCACAAAUGUUCUCAACGAACUGGACGUGCCUAACAAACUUGCCAUGCCCACCGCGGCUACGACACAUCAGUACGAACAGCUCCUUGCAGCUGUCAAUAGUCUGCUUGAUGCCCGCAAGGUAUCGGACAAGCUUGAUGCCGAGAUCAAAGUUGAACAGGCCAAAAAAGCAGAACGGCAAAAGGCUAUGGCUCCCCCUGAAUCUGAUUCCACCGUCGAAAAGGACAAAGCAGGCCAGGAAACAGGGGCCGGCAUCAACUCAGAGGCAGGAGAUGCUACUGGAGCGACGGCCGGGAAAGCAGAUGGCGACGUCACAUCUGCACCCGGAGAUGCAAACAAGGAUGCCUCAGAAACGACAGUCCCUGCUAUUGAGGCCUCGGACGCCUCGAGCAAAGAAACAGAACUGCUCAAUGAAAACGACAAGGACGGGCGUCCUGGUAGCAGCGGUGCCGCGCACAAGAGAAGUGCCAGCGUUCUGAGUAGUGUCAGCGAUAAGAGCAAUAAAAGACAGAAGAAGUAGGGCAAUGUACAUGUAUCCUCGAAGUACCACGGUACAUGACUCUACGCGCCAGUGACUUGCUGCAGGCAACGUUCCUGCAGGAAUACAGGCAUCUCUGCACCGACCUGAUGGCUAGAUCUGCCAGGGCCGGCAGUUGUUGGUUCGAGAUAUGUCAAAGCAUGGACAAGGGCUCCAGCGAGACAGGGUUGCACCUAAUUUUGGAUGUGUACCUGAGAUGGGAGAUGUCUACAGGCCAGGACGUUAUACAAACCAUCUCUUUAACAUACUUUUGCUGUGCUGUAGCGCCGCCUGUGGAGCCAAGCUGUGUGACUGUUCAAGACAUUGCAUAACCCAUAACCCAGAUGUGCACCUUUUGAGGAAGAACCUGGGAUGUGGGCAUAUGGGCGUCUCGGCCACGUGGGGGAGGAAUGAUAUUGCAUCUGCACAUUGUGUUUGCAAACAAGUGCUUCGAAGGAAGGACUUGAAACGGCCAGGGAUCCGCGCCAUUAAAGCAUACCGCGAGGGAUACAAUGGGCGCUAGGAAACAUGAUAAACAAUAGGAAUGAGGUUGUGUUGAAGAACAUGCAGCUCAUCGGCGGCUACAGUGAGGCUGCAUCCUAAUUUAGCAACAUGUUCCUAUUAUUAUAACUCUAGCUCCCUGGACAGCGACCCGUGUCCCUGGUAAAAGACGACCCCUAGGGCAGACACGAUACAUGAACGACCAGGGCGUGUAGGCCAUCCAAUGCCUUGGGCCCGUAUGACUUACAUACGACUUGCUUACUGCCGACCCUCGACUUGCCUAAACGGGCCCAGGAGCGCCAAUCGAGUGGCUCAGAUCGACUGAGAUAGUGCUGCCGCUCCUCUGCAACCUGGCUCUUUGGCGCCGGAGACAAGUGGAUGUUGAUGUUGAUGAUGGGGUGUGUUUUUGGAAAAGGAGAGUGUGCAUGGCCUCUAGAUCACAGGAACCUCGUCGAGCAAGGGCCAGCGCUUGCGAAAGAUGAAGUCAUCUCGAGCGAGACGUCCAGUGUUAUACAUACUUGCAUGCUGCAUGUUGUGGUCGGGCGUCUAUGGUCCAAGAAUAGACUCAACUCGUGGCAUCCCGACAUGCAGGUGUAAUGAUUCGCAUCAAAAUAUCUGAUCUAAGAUUAGAUUGACCCCUGUUAAGCACCAAGAUCUUGGUGAUUCUGGAAAGCAGCGAAAUAGGAUGCGACGCGAGGCCGGCGCUUAGCUGGCGGCUAGCUGUGGACGUAUGAAGCAUUAUUGGAUACUGAGCACGUGGGGUUGGCAUAGAAUCGCUGCCGAUGUAUUUUUAGAUGAAACAAGUGUUGUAUAAUCAGAAAUUCACUUGUCGGCAUAUAUUAAAUGGUUCAUGACUUGCUUCAUGGUGUUGAGGCUCUUUGAGUGACGUCUUGAGCAUCCACC